AUGGUCGCCAGCUCGAACGGCGAUCUCUAUACCCCGUUCCCUCAUAUGCACAUGGUCGAGGAGGGUGUCCAGUCGAGCGAAGAAGGUUCGGAUCUCCACUCGCCUAUAUUUGAGGCACCCUACGCUACGCCAGACGGCCGGUAUCAUCUUGACCACUACGCCUACUCGGAUGUCUCUACACAACUACUACCCCCACCGUCGGCUUUUGACGCUCGCUAUGCCGCUCCGGCCGUGGAUCCGCACUCCCGAGAUCCCCAUGUCUUGGAGACACUACAAGUCCCGAGCCCUACAACCAUUCACCACCAUCUAUCGCCCUCGCAUCCACCUACCGACCUCGCUCUUCACGGGCAUGGGCUGCUUCAGAUAGCAAUGCCGUCUUCUCGCUUCCAAACAGAUGUCAUGAACCCCAUUACCGAAUAUUCCAUGCACUUGUCUCAGCCUGCCAGAAUUCCAGAUUCACAGGUUCGACUGUCUGGUGAUCCUGCGCAGUCGUUCCCCUCUCGACAGUCUGCGACCAUGACUGUUGCCGAGUCGAAGCCUCAGAUUUCCUUGUCGUCCUCAUCGGGCCUCGUGCGGGGUAACCCGUCGGGCAGCAACCCAACUUCCUCUCGCCCACCUAGGAGGGAGGCCUCUACCGUCGUCAUUGCUUGUCGGCAAUGCCGUGCGCGGAAGAUUCGUUGCGACUCGACGCGUCCAUUCUGCCAUAAUUGCCUCCGACGGAACAACGAAUGCGAAUACGACGCCGUUCCAAAGCGAAGAGGCCCCGAUAAGAGACCUGGAACGAGGCAACGCUCGUGCAAGAAGCGCCCUCCCGACGCGGAGCCGACGAGUGGGUCAGCGAAGAAGAAGCGGAAGACUGAUGUAGAGGGUGAGAGCGCCGUGCUCUCGUUCGAUGUUAAAGUGAAGGAGAACGUAACAGGCGGCCACAGGAGAGGCCAACUCCCGUCGCGAGGUGCAAUGGAUGACAUGAAUGGCCUGAACAUCCCCCCGCAGCUAGGAGCAUUGUACAUCGAUACCUCGAUACCUCCGCGGGGGACAGGGCCCGAGGCAAUAUACCCUAAAGAUGAUCUCUCACCAUCGUUUCGUCGCUCUUCAGUGAUCAUGGACUAUACCGACCCCAACAAGACAUUCGCUCAAUCUGUGGACGUCAACGUCUCGCACAAGCUCGAAGAUCAAGACAAGCUUUCCUAUAUACCACUCUCUUCUCCUAUUCAACACAGUCCCUCUUCUUGGUGGGACGAACUCCUGGAUCAGUACAACCCGACGUCACGAGAACAAUCUAUGCAAGAUAUCAUGUCCGACCUCAACUUUCUUUUCACGACCAGCAGUUACUGGCUCUCUUUCAUCAAUAUACCUCUAUUCUUCCGUGACCUGCAUGAACCCGAUCUCCGUGGUCGCAUGCAGUCUCUCGUAAUGUCUGCUCUCGCUAUGGCGAUGUUGAUGAAGUCAAGCGAGAUCGAGCUCGGAAGUCGUGGACGAGACCUCGCAUUGACCUUCCGCAACAAGGCUCAGGCGUGUUUGCUAGACGCAUGCCACAGCCACAACUUCGACUAUACCCUCGCGGAAGCUGCCUUAAUCCUAGCUCUGUUCGAGUCUUCUUGCCAUCCAAUGUAUACUCCCGAGCAGGCGACUAGCGCUCUCCAGCUCCUCGACCGUAUCAUCCACGUUCUGUCUCUGUACUCGGUAGAUCGCGAGGACCCUCGUGCCAGCAGCUUCCCCACUCGCUCGGUGCCCAUCGUAUACAUGCAUGACGGCUACCGGCGUCCUGAUAGGUGUUCGUGUCCCACAUAUCCUCCACCCGUAGGAUGGUCGAUCGGUUCCGACCAUCUUUCUGUGACUCUCUCAUUCAACGUGCCUUGGGACCCCACCUGGGACGAGGCGCAGAUCCGCAAGGAGGAAUGCCGCAGACUAUGCUGGUGUGCGCUCACUCUGGUUUCUGCCUACACGGCCCACUGUUCCGCCUUUCAUACGGAGCCGGUCGAGCUCAGUCUUGCGGAGCUCUCCAACUACGUGCUCCUCUUCCCUGGGGAAGAGUACGAAAGCACAGUCGUGCAUCAGCAGGUCCACGAGCAGUCGCCGAAGGAAUCCGUGUGGGCGCUGUAUUGCCGCAGCAUGCUUCUGUGGAACAGCUGCAGUUGCGUACAGCGGGACGAGACUCUCACGACAGACCAGCGGGCAAGCUUCGCUAUCAGCGCGUUCCAGGAAACGCGGGAAAUCCAGGAUGCGCUCGAUAUGCACGUGUGCAACCUUGACACCGGCCUGAUGUACGUCUGUCGGGAGUACCUGUACAACACUCGUAUGACCAUUACGUACGAGCUCCGCCGAUUGCAGGAUGGCGACAUACCGGUCCUGCCGCCCAUCUUCAAUCGCCGCCAGGCCGAAGAGUGGCUUCUUUAUCAGGAUCAGGUUGCUCAGCGCGUCAAGGAGUCUGUGCUUCAUGUCGGAGAGGCCCAAGGCCAUCUCCUCACUCGCCGUCCCUUCCAGGUCACCUGGUUCUCCGACCAGGUCGCGAUUUGCCUUGGUUUGUGGGAGUAUAAUCCCGAACUCAUGCAUGCGCUUGAACUUGCGAAGGCCUUUCUCAUCCCCCUCGACGUGCUCAAUGCGCUCUGGCCGUGCCCGGGGCAACGCACUAGAGGGGAUGAGCUUCGUCGCCGACUGGAAGACGCAUGCCUGUCCGCCGGAAUACAUCCUCCGCUUCCCGAGGAAGUGACCUUGCCCCCUAUCCUCCGUCGUCAUCCUCACUCCGUCGUUUAG